CAGGGUAUAUUAUAUGAGAUAUCGCUCUGAAAUUUUGCACACAUACUGGGUAUAUUUUAUGAGAUAUCGCUUUGAAAUUUCGCACGCAUACUUUUCUCACCAAGAAGCUGCUUAUUUGUCCAAACGGCCGAUAUCGGACCACUAUAACAUAUAGCUGCCAUACAAACUGAACGAUCGGCAAGAAGUGCUUCUAUGGAAAGUUUUUUUAUACGACGAGUUAUUUUCAAGAAAUUUGACAUGAAUUAUUAUUUGAGCCAUUGGAGUAAUUUCUGCAGAAAUUGUUUAGAUCGGAUCACUAUAGCAUAUAGCUGCCAUACAAACUGAACGCUCGAAAUCAAGUGCUUGUAUGAAAAACUUUUUUACUUAAAGAGAUAUAUUCACUAAAUUUGGCGCAGACUAUUCCUAAAGACAAUAGCACAAUCUCCGAAGAAUUUGUUCAGAUCGGAUGGCUAUAGCAUAUAGCUGCCAUACAAACCGAACGUUAGAAAUCAAGUGCUUGUAUGAAACACUUUUCUAUUUAAAGAGAUAUAUUCACCAAAUUUUGCAGGAAUUAUUAUUUGAAGUAUUGAUACAAUCUCCCAAGAAAUUGUUCAGAUCGGACUACUAUAGCAUAUAGCUGUCAUACAAACUAAACGUUCAAAAUCAAUUUCUUGUUAGUUAACAUGCUAUUUGUGAAGGGUAUAAUAGCUUCGACGCAACCGUAGUUAAAGUUGUUAUUGUUUUUAUUGUUUUUGCUGUGCACUGACACCACACGACGGCUUAAAGCCUACAUUAACAUUGAAUUCAACGUCGUUUGUCGUUUUGCACCCUUUUGAUUAUUUCAACUAUUGAAUCAAUAGUCACUUCAAAGGCCGCGCACACAAAUAUUUUUCGCCAGUUAUCAUCGAGGGCUUUGUUGCUGUGCUGACUUUUUAACCUUGCAACCGGAAAUGUCCGCUGAAUGCGCAAAAAGAAUUCGAAAUGCGAGUUUCGGAACAAAAUGUGCGACGUUGAGCCCACAAAGGAAUAAAAAUUUCGGAAGCAGUGUUGUUGUAGUAAAAAAAAAAUAUGAGUAUAUUCAAGUGAAUAUUAUUCUGAGGUUGUACUUGUUUUUACGCGCAUAAUUUCAGAGCACUACAACAAUAGAAACAAACUAAAAAGUAUGUGUUUUUUAUAGCGUACUAUAAAAGCUUAGUUUGGGGUGCCGGUAGUACCAGUAGCACGAACGCAGCCUUAUUGGGAGCACCACCCACUUGAAGGCAGCACCAAAAAAGUAAACUCUACACGCAUCACACUACAUACGCAGCACAUAAAAUGCGCUUAACCAUCUUCAUACUGCUCGCCGUGGCAAUCGCGGUUGUUGCGGCAACUCCACUUAAGCGCCCGAGCACUCACCAGCGGCAGCGAGUGCAUUCAGCACGUCAGGUGCUGGCAACCACUGCGCAGCCAGUGCAAGCGCGCACCGGUUACCCGGCAGCCGGCUUUCGGCCACACAUACCCUUCGAGUUGCCAAGUGAACGCAGAACAACAGAGUUGCCAGCGGUGAGCAGCACGCCUACGCCAGCUAAUGAUGCUACAACAGCGCAAGCUGAGGACACAGCUGGCUCGGGUGACGUAAAUGUUGACAUUGAAGUGAUUGUCGAAGGUGCUGACGUAGAAGAGAAUGAGGAAAAAGUCGCAACCACAACCGAAAACCCGAAAAGCGACGCAGAGGAUGACGUUGAGUUGCAAGUUGAAAUUAAAGAAGAAACUUCUGAGGCCGCAGUAGAGACGCACACGCCCGCAAUCGAAUAUGGGCCACCAGUGGUCGAUGCCGACACAGUCGAAGAACCUGCAGAGCACUUUCAACCGCCCAAUAAAGAUGCCGAAGAAUUUGCCGCCAGCAAUCCAACACUCAACGUGGACGUGGCUAUUGUUGCUGGCAGUGCUGCCACUAAUGUUGACGCUGAUGCUCCCGCUCAGCCUGUUGCUGAUUUUCCGGCUGUGGCGGAGGAGACCUUCACGCCUACUGUGGCGUCGAGCGAUGACGACAACGCUGGCGCAGCUCCCAUCGAUGUGAGCGGUGAAUUGGAUGCCGAGGCAGCGGAACAGCCAAUACCAGCCGCAACUUAUGGUCCACCAACCGGCGUUGAUGUAGCAGAGUCACGCUUGCCGGCGGAAACAUAUGGCGCACCUGGCGCUGAAGAGGCGGAGUCACGUUUGCCGGCGGACACAUAUGGCGCACCUGGCGUUGUUGCAGUAAUGCCACCCGUCAUAGAGGAGGAAGACUUUGGUGUGGAACUGAACGAGUUGGAGCCAGCGGCAGCCGCCGAAGAUGCCGAAUUGUCGGCUGAACAAAUAGAAUUACUCAGUGGACUUAGUGAUUUGCAGAGCGGACGUUUGAUUUUUGUGCCCUCCGAUGGUGGCAAUUUGCGUCAGAUAUUCUUUGCAGCGCCACCACAGCAGCGACGCGCCGAUCGCAAUGGUCGCUUAGUUCGUGUUUAGAAUAAGACUUGAAAAGUAAAUUUGUUUUUUUUUUUCGCAAUGGUAGAUUGCCUUGUUUAUAUAUAUGUGUAGUGUUUUCAAAACUAAAGAUUGGUGUUAAUAAAAGUCAAAACACAAACU